AUGUGGCUUUGUGGUACGUUCACUGAGUUGGCCGCGAGGUCUCUUCCCUCGAAUCGGCCAUUCCGUAAGCCCGGGGGUGGCCUGGCCUGGACCAUGAAAUGGAUCCAGAUGCGUUGCAUUCAUUGCCUCCUUUCACCUGAUCCCUGUCACUGAUAUACUCCUGGGCGCGACGUCACUCCAUUCACUUUCGGUGAUGGGCGGACAUCACCCCACCUGUCCGUCAUACCCGGCUACCAGUCCCCGGGGGGGCAACACCACCAGGACGCGUCUGUAUAAGAUCCUAGAGAUUUCCUUGCCUCUUGCCCUGGGAGAUCUGGAAUAUCCGUCUCACAUAACCUCAUCCGCCUCCCUCAACUUCAUAUCAACCUUUUCCAUCUUCAACUACCCUAUCAUCCGAACUCGAAACGCCCAUCAUGACUAUCCCUGAAAUGCAAUGGGCCCAAGUGGUCGAGCAGAAGGGCGGACCGCCCGUCUACAAGCAAAUCCCGGUGGGAAAGCCCGGCCCGGACGAGAUCCUGGUCAAGAUCCGUUACACCGGUGUUUGCCAUACCGACCUGCACGCCAUGAAGGGCGACUGGCCGCUCCCCGUGAAGCUUCCCCUCGUGGGCGGACACGAAGGAGCCGGUGUGGUCGUCGCCAAGGGUGACCUCGUCACUGGCUUUGAAAUUGGUGACCAUGCCGGUAUCAAAUGGCUGAAUGGGUCCUGCCUGUCUUGUGAGUUCUGCAAGCAGGCCGACGAGCCUCUCUGCCCGCACGCCUCACUUUCCGGUUACACCGUCGAUGGCACAUUCCAGCAGUACGCUGUCGCCAAGGCUAGCCAUGCGUCGAACCUUCCGAAGGAAGUCCCCCUUGAUGCUGUCGCUCCUAUCCUCUGUGCCGGUAUCACCGUGUACAAGGGCUUGAAGGAGUCCGGCGUCCGUCCCGGCCAGACCGUCGCCAUUGUCGGUGCUGGAGGUGGAUUGGGAUCGCUUGCUCUACAGUACGCCAAGGCCAUGGGGCUUCGCACCAUCUCCAUCGACGGCGGAGAUGAGAAGAAAGCUAUGUGCGAGAAACUCGGAUCGGAGGCAUACAUCGAUUUCAAGACAUCCAACGACGUAGUCGCUGAUGUCAAGGCAGCUACUCCUGAAGGCCUGGGCGCCCACGCCGUGAUUCUUCUCGCUGUGGCCGAGAAACCGUUCCAGCAGGCGACCGAGUACGUUCGUUCCCGAGGCACCGUGGUCGCCAUCGGCAUGCCUGCAGGCGCGUAUCUUCGAUCUCCCGUCUUCAACACUGUUGUCCGCAUGAUCAACAUCAAGGGAAGCUACGUCGGUAACCGUCAGGAUGGCGUGGAAGCGGUGGACUUUUUUGCCCGUGGACUGAUCAACGCACCAUUCAAGACGGCUCCCUUGGAGGAGUUGCCGCGCAUUUUCGAGCUGAUGGAACAAGGCCAGAUCGCCGGUCGAUAUGUCCUUGAAGUGCCUCACCUACCAAUACGUACGGAGUACUAG